AUUCUACCACGUAAACUUGCAUGCCGCACAUAUCCGGCGUAUCGCAUUCCCGGAUUAUCUUUGAAAAAAUGAAAUUUUUACCGUGUUUUAUUCGUGUUAAAUGUAGGAAGUAAUUUAUUUAUACUCCCUAAAUCUCAUUUCUUUGGAUAUUCUAUGAUUUAAUUCUUUGUUUCUUCUAAUAUUCCGAAAAUUGUGCCCAGUUUCUGCAGCUCUUCUCUACCGCUAUGGAACAAAUUUUGCAAAAAUUGCUCAGCGGAGACAAAACUCCGGAGGGUAUGAAGGAGUUAUCCGAAGCCUUCAAAAAUCCUGAAUCUAUAGCUGCAUUGUUUACCCUUCUUGUUGCCUCGGAAGAUGCAAAUAUCCGACAGUAUGCUGGUGUCCUCUUAAAGCAGCGGUUCACAAAGAAAAAGCGUUGGGCUGCUCUCCCUCCGAAUGUUCAGAACCUAAUAAAACAAGGGUCUUUAGAAGCCUUAGUCAAGGAGUCCACCAAACCUGUGAAAAAUGCAAUUGCCCAGUUCAUCGCAGUUAUUUUAAGGCACGAAUUCAAAAAUCAGAGUUGGCCAGAAUUAUUUGGUUUUCUCACAACCCUCUGCGCAAGUGAGGCAGUCAGUGAUAGAGAGCUUGGAAUGUACGUUGUUGGAAUAUUUUUGGAAAUGUCAAGAGAACAGUUUGACUCACAAGCCCCAGCAAUCUGCAGUUUGUUUAGUAAAACUCUAAAUGAAUUGGAAGACUUCACGGCACCUCUAGGCUACCUAACAAUAACAGCCAUGGGACACUUUGCACUCGCCAUCGAAGGUCAGACAGACCAAAUUCAAAUCUACAGCAGUUUGAUUCCACGCAUGGUGCUCAUAAUCCGGGCGCUGGCAACGGUAAAAGUGAACAAAGCGAUUGAGUGCAUUCAGUUCUUGGAUGAGAUGUUGACCUUCUGCCCAGCGCUCAUCGCGCCGAACCUUGUUCCUCUCCUGGAACUAGGGCUUGGGCUUAUGGCCGAUAAAUCUGUUGAAGAGGAGCUACGCAUUCAGUCUUCACUUCUCGUGGACACCCUCAUCAAGUCCAAGAAAAAGAUGAUUGUCAAAAUGAAUUUAAUAGAACAAAUCCUACGAGUUCUCCUGUCAAUCAUGAGUGAACCGCCGGAGUCCGACGAAGACGAAGAGGAUGAUUAUUUUGAAGAGGAUCCAGAUAUUCGCUCCAUUAGCGUCUGCGCGAAUCAAACUCUGGAUGUCCUUGCUCUACAUGUUCCUCCUGAAAAACUCAUCACACCUCUUAUGAGUUUUCUUGAGCCAGCAUUUACCGGUGACAAUGUAUGGCAAAAGAAAGCUGCUUACCUUGUCAUUGCAGUGCUAGCGGAGGGGUGCUCUGAGUACAUUCGAGACCAUUAUCUAAAUGAUUUCAUCAAAGUGAUCAUUCAAGGCAUCAGUUCAGAAAACAAGCAUGUACGAAAUGCUGCUCUCUUUGCCCUUGGCCAAUACUCAGAAUACUUACCGUCUGAUCUCUCCAUGUAUGCAGAGCAACUAAUGCCGAGGCUCUGUUUCAUCUUGAAUGGUCUCUGCUCAAUCGAUCCAAAAGAGCAGGAUGUCGACAAGGAUCCAUCCUUUGAUCGAGUUUUCUAUGCUUUGGAAAUGUUUUGUGAAAAUUUAGAAGAUGCUCUUCUCCCUUAUUUGCCGCAAGUCAUGGAGAAAGUUCUUAUCCCAUUAGAUCGUAACCUCCCACUUCAUUACAAAGAGCUUGCUCUUAGUGCCAUAGGUAGCAUUGCAUCAGCAGUUAAGGGUCACAUCAUGCCUUACUUUGGAAAAAUCAUCGAAUAUUUGAAAGUUUACCUGGCAACGCCGCAGUCAGAGAACGAGGAGAUCCUGCAGGUACAAACGAUCGACACCCUCUCUGUGCUGGCGAGGUCGCUUGGAGCAGAGCAUUUCCAACCUAUGGCUGAUGAGUGUCUCAAUCUGGGCCUCAACUUUCUGAAAGACACAGAAGAUCCAGUUCUGAAGAAAGUUUGCUAUGGCCUACUAGCAUCUCUUUCUACAGUCAUGAAAGAAAAAAUGACAGCGUAUUUAAAUGUCAUCAUGGAGCCACUCCUUGUUUCCAUCGCCUCUGAAAACGGCAUUAUUCCCAACUUUGAUGACAGUGAUCUAUACUUGCCGUUGGACGAAGGUGACGACGAAGCAGAAGAAGAAGGAGGAGAAAUCGACAUUAAUGAAAUGUCAGAGGCCAGUGAAGAUGCUGUUGCUGGGUUUUCUGUAGAAAAUGCCUACGUUGAAGAGAAGGGAGAGGCGUGUUCAACGCUACGAGACUUUGCAGAGAAUAUUGGGGAGCCUCUAUUACCUUACAUGAAAAACGCGAUAACUGAGGUGUUUAAACUCAUUGAUUAUCCGCAUGAAGAUAUCAGGAAAAUAGCCAUCGAAACGCUCGCUCAGUUGAGCAUAGUUCUACACAAAAGUACUCAGUUGGAGUAUCAACAAGGGCUGAGAGAGGUUUUAGCGACAAUGAUCCCCAAGUUUGUGGAGCUCAUAAAAAAAGAUGAAGAUCGGCUCGUAGUGACUUUGGUGUUGGAGUCCCUGGCUCUGAUCCUAAAAGACAUCGGGCCGCCUGUUCUCGAGGGGCCAAACCAUCUGGAGCAAAUAAUUGAAAGUGUCAAUGCAGUGCUGAACAAACAGACGGCCUGUCAGGAUUUCAUUGAUGAGGAUGAUCAGGAUGAAGCUGAGUAUGAUGAACAUGUCUUGGAGGUUGCGUUUGAAAUCUUUCCCGCCUUGGCGAAAUCGCUUCCUCAUAAUCUGUUUGCACAGUAUUUCUCAGCCGUACUGCCAGCAGCCGUCGGAAAAACGAAAAAAGAUUACUCGCACACAAUUCGGGCCUCCAGCAUCGGAAUGAUUGCCGAGUGUAUGUGUGGUCUGGAAGACUGCAUGGCUGAUUUUGUACCAAAACUCCUCCCAACUCUAGUGCAGCUGUCCCAAGACAAGAAUGAGCAGGUUCGCAAUAAUGCUAUCUUUGGCCUCGGAGAGUUUGCUCUCUACGGGAAGGAAUGGGUCUUUCCCUACUAUGUUGAAAUUCUCCAAUCCUUGUCAAAUACCAUCGGCAACGAACAACAUGGAGGAGUAUUGGACAACAUUUGUGGAGCAAUAUCAAGGCUAAUUCUUUCAAAUACAGCCUCAGUUCCUCUACCACAAGUUUUACCAGUUCUCAUAGGAAAGCUACCUCUUCGUGAGGACUUUGAAGAAAACAAAUGGGUUUAUCGUAGUUUGCUUCACCUAUAUCAAAUGGGCGAUGAAACGCUCAAAUCGCAAAUUCAAAAUGUGAUAUUCGUCUGUCUGCAAGUAGUCAGUAAAAAGCAACAUAGUGACCAAGAAACUUUAGAACUGCUGGUUAAUCUCCUAAAAAUGUGUCACAAGGACUUCGGAAGUGCUUGUGAAGCUGUUGUGAACAGCAAUCCUGACCUUAAAGAGACAUUUGAAACGGUCAUCAAAUCAUAAAAUUGUAAAGUGGAGCUGCUUGUCGAUAAUCUAUGUUAAGCUUUUUUGUACUCGGCUUUUUAUAUGACUUUAUUCUUUAUACUCCAAAAAUUAUUUAUGUUAAUUAAAUUCCCUUGUUGACUGAAAAUGAA